UUUGUAAGUUAGGUAUCAUUUCCACAGUAUAAUUAUUUCUUGUCUUUAUCAUGUUUUGUCCUCUUCAUCACAGAGUUGUCGUUUAAGAACAGGAAGCUUAGAGAAGAACAGUGCGGUUGGAGGCAGGGCAGAUGGAGGAGGAGGAGGAGGUGGAAAUGGAGGAUUGGGAGGGAGUGGGCUAGUGGAUGCCCUCAUAUCCAGUGUGCUGGAUGAAACAGACCAGCUGGGCCUUGCACAUCUUCAGGACAAACCUGAAAAGACUGUCAACAAUAACAACAGCAGUAUAGGAGGGGUAAGGACAAUGGGCCGUGAUAUUGGAGGAGAUGGCAUGUUGUGGGGCACAAGUCUCAGUAGGGGAAGCCACUCAGAUGAUUUCUAUCCUCCAGCCCAUCCACAAAACCAGUCAGAUUUCAUCCACUACCUCUUUGACACAACUGGACAAGAUGAUGAGGUGGGCCUGCAAGGUAAUUAUGGGGAAUUCUUUCGGGAAAGAGAACUAAGUGGCAGCUCCAGAGACUCAGGUUAUGGUUCCUUCUUGGGAAUGGGAGGAACAGGCUCACCUCCUGGUAUGUCUUGCAGUAGUCAAGCUUCCAUCUGUGAUGUCCGAAAAGGUCCAAAUGAUUCUCUAGGCUUGCCAUCAAACAGAGGCAUAAACCAUGACUUCGACCAACUGACCAGUGAAUUAAAUGCACAGAAAAACUUUUUGGAUAACUUGCAGAGACUUAACCAACUUAAUGGAGGCAGCUCACCAGGCUUAUCCCUUCUCCCUCCACUUGGUGAUCUUGAUCCGCUCUUGCUAGGAGGUACAGAUCUUGGGGAUGCUACAACCUUAGGCCUCAGCCAACUCUUGCCCCCAACACGAGACCUUCCACAUGAUUUCUUACCCCCAUCUUCCACACCAACCUCAGGUGACCCCUUCUCCUUGUCCUCACUUGGGGUGAAAUCAAGCCUCAGCUUGGAGGUUAUGCGAGGUCAGCCUUCUUCAUCAGGAACUGGUGUGUCUGUCCAGUCCCAGCAUCAGCCCAGCAGCUUGAGUCAGGCAGAAAAGAACCAGCAGAUGGUUAGUCUCCUUGGAGGAAUGAGCAUUCAUGAUAGUAUCUCACAUUCUAAUAUGAACAACCUCACCAGCCAUUCCCUAGGGGCACUUGCAGCAUUAUGUACACCCAGUCUCUCUACUCAGUCACCUGGCCAGGCAAAUGCAUCCCAUAAUGGACACACUCUUGCAAAUCGACCUCAAUCCUCACCAAAGUACUUGAACUCACAGCUCUCCAUAUCAGCCAAUGGAGAUAUAUCUCCUAGCAUUAUGAGAAAAGAGGAGCGCACUGUUUGUGUCACAUCACAGAGUGGUCAGGGCUCCCCUUCAGAAUCAAGGAUGUCAGACCAACACACAGGACCAGGGAAGGAAGGUCUUGGGCACUGUGGACCAGUAGGACCCCCACCAAAGGGUCCCUUUUUGGUUCCUCCUCCAACAUUCCCACCAAAUGACAGUGUUCCUCCAUGGGAAUUGCUGCCUCCUCUUGGAGAUAUCUUUCCCCCCCAUGGACCCCCUCCUCCACUGCUUCCACCAAACACAGAUCUUCUGCCUCCGUUUGCAGAUCUUCCUCCCCAUCCUCUUCUCUCUGUACCACCACCAUUAUUGGGAUUCAGACAUUUUAGGAGAACUGGAGGAAGUGGUGAACUGCACUCACGCCUUGAAGAAUGCUACGACCAAUUUCGACAGCUGGAGCGUGAAAGAAAAAAGACUGAAGCAGAACUGGCUCGCUGUUUUCCCGGCAAGCGUGUUUCUUCAGCAAACACUGUACCUCUCCCUCGCCUUCCUCCUUCUCCUUCACGAGUAGACCGUCUAAUCAUUGAUCACCUACGAGAACAUGCCAGGGUUGUCACUCUUGUGGGGAAGAUGGAGCGCCUGCGAGGAUCACCUCUUCAACCUGGGAUUCACCGAUCUGUUGCUGUCUGGCAUGAAGCAGUUACGAGUGUGCAGGAAAAGCGUCGUGAUGAAGUGGUCAAUGCUAUAACUCAACGUCAUAACCCUCUCCCCAAUACACAAAAUACUAGUGAACAAGAUUUGAUGGCAUUAGCUGCAGCAAUGGGAGGUUUAGUGAGUGCCAGCCGUGGAGCCCGAACAGCGAUGUUCUGUGCACUCACCUUGACCACACAUCACAGUGUCGAGCCCAGCCUUGCCACAGCAACAUCACUCCCAGCUCACCUGGUCCCAACAACACACUCCUCAGGGGAUUCCUCAUCACCUGAUUCCAGUCUGGAACCACCUCAACGGUCUCCUUCCUCUGCUUCCUCUUCAUCUGUGUUCUUUAGCCCAACGGUAAGUGGGAGCUUAGAGUCUACCUCCACACCAUCUUCUUCUAGUGGUGGUAAUGGUUUAGCCAAUAGUUCUGCACCAGCGACGGCAAAUGCUACUUUAACGGCCACAGUGGUCAAGGACCUUUCACCGCCAGCUGCGAGUGCCACAAGGUUCAUCUCUUCAGCGAUGGUGCCUGUGUCUUCAGCAACCCCUUCCCCUCCAACUUCUGUCAUGUAAGCCAACUGAAGGAUUAUGCCCAUCUAAUCUAAGCAAUUCAUUUGUUCUUUUAAAAUAUGAUUAUCUGUAUACAGUAAUGGAAUUACCCAUAUAUUUAUCUAGAAAUGUGUUAUAUACAAUGUGUAAUAAUGAUGAUUAAAAAAACUAAUAACAGGUACUUCAAUCAAAUAUACAUAUUUCAAUCAAACUGUUAUUAGAAUGCAGGACUACUGUAUUAUAGCAGGGAGAUUAAAGGUCUGAACCAUGAAAUUAUAUGAGUAUAGUAGAUUGAAAGUGUGUUCACAUUGCAGUUAGGCUAAGUGAUGCAAACAAAGGCUCUGUGAAGCUUUACUAGAAUCAUGAAUAACUUUUUACAAGCAAAAGUAUUUGAAGAUACUCCUGUGUCCAUUUGUGAUAUAAAACUGAAAGACAAACUGAAGGGAGAAAUCUUAGAUUUACAGUCCCUUUGUAGCCCAUGAUCCUUAUUGAUGUAUAACAUAUGUAAUCUACACAAAUAACCUACACUUGCACACACAUGCAAAAGCACGCACACGCACAUGC